UUUUUUUUUAUUAUUAUUCUUAAAACAAAUAAUGGCUUUCCCAUUAAUAACAAGGACUUGUUAUAGAUAUGUGAACACCAAAAGAAUUUUGAAUAUUAACCAUGGUCAUUUAUUAUCACGAAAUAUACGAUGUUUCUCUACAAGUUUUCCAAGAUGGACACAAGUUUCUAAUACAGCAACUUCAACAACAACUGAUCCCGGAAGAUUGGACCACCUUCGAUUGAUUUUCGAUGAUCCUGUUCUAUGGAAACAAUACCAACAACUCUCACCAGUUAUCAUGUCUCCUCAAAAGACAGGUUUAAUGGAACAUCCCUAUUUUGUAGACGCUGAAGGUUUUGACUAUGCUGCUCAACAAGCAAUUCAACGUGCUCAAAUCCUUGUCGAACGUAUAUGCAAUGCUCCCAACAAUGGAUUAGAAGAAAUGCAACGUGUAGUGAAAAAUCUGGAUCGACUAUCGGAUACCCUUUGUAUUGUUAUUGACUUGGCCGAAUUUUUACGCAAUGCUCAUCCUGAUCCUAUUUUAUUGGAUGCCGCUAACAAGGCAUACACUGACCUUUGUACUUAUAUGAACACACUCAAUACCGAUACUCGUAUUCACAAGGUUCUCGCUCAGGUGUUAGAAAAUAAGGCAAUCGUAUCUCAAUUCACACCUGAUGAACAUGCAGCGGCCAUUGUUUUUUUACGGGAUUUCGAAAAAUCUGGUAUUCAUUUACCUGACAAACAACGUAACCAAUUUGUUGAAUUAUCUGAUCGAAUUAUUCAAUUGGGUCGUGAAUUUAUCCAACGUAAUCCUCGUGGUAUCUCUCAAAUCAAGAUUGCAAAGCAAGAUUUAGAUGGUGUUGGUCCCUCUCUUUCCCACACAUUGAAUUCAAGCGAUGGUCAUGCUCAUAUCUCUACAUCAUCUAUGGAAUGUCAACUGAUUCUCAAAUAUGCACAUAAUGAACAAGUUCGAAAGCAAGUUUAUGAAUCUAUCAAUUCGGCAAACAAAAAAAGUGUCAUGAUUUUGGAAUGGUUGAUGCAAACUCGGGCUGAAUUGGCUGAUCUGGUGGGGCAAAAAUCUUAUGCUGAUUUGCAUUUACAAGAUAAAAUGGCAAAGAGUCCUGUGAAUGUGGAUGCAUUUUUACGAACAUUACUGAAACAUCAAGCACCAACAAACGCUAAUGAUAUCCAGGUUCUUCAAUACACAAAACAACAUCAUUUAGGUUUAUCUACACCACCUAUUGUCAAUGCAUGGGAUCGUGACUAUUAUAUGCAUCUACAUAAUCUGUCACAACCUCGACUUUCCUCUUCUCUUCCUUACUUUAGUGUGGGUUCUGUGAUUCAAGGUUUAUCUCGACUGUUUGAUCAUCUAUAUGGUGUUCAUUUUGAACCAACACAUAUGCAACCUGGUGAAUCUUGGCAUGAAGAUGUACGAAAGCUAGAUGUGAUAUGUGAAAAAGAAGGAAAGAUUGGUACUAUCUAUUGUGAUUUAUAUUCAAGACCUGGUAAGACAACCAAUGCAGCUCAUUAUACCAUUCGUACCUCACGACGACUCGAUGAUGAUGACCAAGCCAACGAUUUACGAUAUGCCUUUCCCAAUGAAUCAACAGCACCGGCACAAUUUUUACCACCUCUCGAUUCUAACCACCUUGCGGCCACUGUGAUUGGACGACCAGGACUUUAUCAACUUCCUGUGAUUGCUCUUACAUGUGAUUUCAGCAAUAACAACAAUAAUAAAAGUAGAACAUCUCCUGGAUUACUAUCAAUGUUUGAGGUAGAAACACUUUUCCAUGAAAUGGGUCAUGCGAUGCAUUCUAUGCUUGGACGAACGGAUUUCCACAAUGUAUCAGGAACAAGAUGUGCUACGGAUUUUGUUGAAUUACCUUCUAUUUUGAUGGAAAGAUUUGUAUCUCAUCCCAAAGUACUUCCUUUAUUUGCUCACAAUGAUGAUUCGAUCUCUCCAGAGGCAGUGAAUGGUUAUCUUCAACAACGACAACGAUUCAGUGGUAUUGAAAUCAACAAUCAAGUACUUAUGUCCAUGGUGGAUCAGCAAUAUCAUUCAACGUCGGCAUCUUCCAAAGUAUCAACGGUGGAAACGUGGCAUCAAUUACAAGAUGAUGUAGGUCUUUUCCCUAGUGUGCCUGGUACUAUGUGGCCAGUACAAUUUGGUCAUUUGUUUGGAUAUGGAGCUGGCUAUUACUCUUAUUUAUUUGAUCGUACCUUGGCUCAACGUGUAUGGGAUCGAUGUUUUGCUACAGAUCCUCUUGAUAGAGAAAAAGGACUGGCCUUCCGUGAUCAAGUAUUGAAAUGGGGUGGAGCAAGGGAUCCUUGGCAAUGCGUAGCUGGUGUCCUUGGUGAUGAAGAUGGUGAACGUAUUGUCCAUGGAGAUGAAGAAGCUAUGCGUACAGUUGGUGAUUGGGGAAUAGAUAUGUAAAUAGUUAUAUGGUUGAUGAUUCAUUAGAUUAGAUAUUAAAUUAGAAUAGACAGGUUCUCUUUUUGGAUCAAAACUAAUACAAAAAAAAGACAUUAUUAUAUAUUAAAUAUAUUAUUAUCAUAUAUUAAAAUAUAUUUUGUUAGUUAUCUAUGUUUUUUUUAAGAGGAUUCAAUGUGUUACAG